AUUAUAUUCUUAGGCAGCAACAAACCGAACUAAGACAGCAACCUCUAUCUAUCUAUCUAUCUGUAUUUCCAAGUCUAACAAUUAUAGUGUAACUCUUUAAUAAAUUAAUGUCAAAACCUUUGGCCCCGUCGAUACCGGAGAGGAUGCCCGGCCACGCUUCCAUCUCCUGACACCUCUCCACGUGGCAACCCCACCAGCUUCCAGGAUCCAUGCCGGUGCCGAUUAUUUUAAACACCAGUUCUUAUUUUAAUUAAUGAUAUUGCGUAGUGUACGUAUUAAGUAGUGCUGGUUUUUAAUAUUGAUGUUAAUUGUGAUUUAGCGAUACCAAGAAUUUGAAUGUCAAUAUUAUUAUUUUUUUGUUUGUUUUAAAUAGACCCACAUGGAGAGGAGAGUUAGUUGGGAAAUGAGAGAUGGCCUGCUGCUUGUGCUUGAUGAAUAAGAGCUUUAUUACUAAUACUAGUACUCAUAUUUGUAGGGUGAUGGGAGCUGUGUAGAAAGAGACUUGUGCUCACCUCACCUCACCUCGCCUCGCCUCCUUCCUUAUCUUUAUCCAUCCUUUUCUUUCUUCCAUUCACUCCCAACUAGAGGGAUUGUUAGAGAAUAGAGAGAUGGGGAAUUGUCAAGCCAUAGAUGCUGCAGCGCUGGUUAUACAGCAUCCAAGUGGGAAGAUAGAGAGGUUAUAUUGGCCAGUUAGCGUUAGCGAGGUGAUGAGAAUGAACCCUGGUCAUUAUGUUUCUUUGAUCAUUCCAUUGCCUGUACCUGGGGAUCAAGAAAACCAAGAACACAUCAAAACUGUGCAGUUCACCCGUGUUAAGCUUCUCAGGCCAAGCGAUUCUCUUACACUUGGUCAUGCUUAUCGCCUUGUUACCACUCAAGAAGUUAUGAAGGUGAUACGGGCCAAGAAGUACGCAAAACUGAAGAGACAGCAGCAGCCAGAAUCGGUUGACGAGAAUAAGUCACAGCUGCAGGUAGCACCAGAGAAGAAGCGAAGCACAGAUUGUGAGGCAGAAAAGAAGCCUAACACAGAGAAGGAUUGCAAGGAACCCAAACAUGAAAGACAUCGACACAGGACGCCAUCAAUCAACUCUGCUUCACUAAGGUCAAAGUCAUGGCGCCCCUCCUUACAGAGUAUCUCUGAGGCUGCUAGCUGAAGAUAUGUCGAAUUACAACCUGCGUAAUAGCCAAUAAAAAGCGCAAUAGAUUGCUUUCACCAUUAACAGAAUUUGGCAGUAAAUGGACAGAUGUGCCAUGUAUCCAGUGUUGUCUUAUACACAGCAAAAUAGAGUCAUUCAACCAAAGGCGGUGGAUAAUUAUCUGUGCCAUUGUCAACUUAAGCUCCCAUCAGAAAAAAAUAUUCUCAAGCAAUAAUCUCCUGUACAGUUACAAAAGAGGCAGUGGAUCUGAUAUUGUUUAACAAUUAUAUUUUAUGUUGCCUCCA